AUGGGCAAGAUCGAAGUACUGGCUUACAUAGCAGCACCAUCGGGAUUCAAAGAUGACGCAAGAUAUCUUGCUCAAGCAGGAGCGACAGUAGAUUUUGAACCCUGUUCAAGGUUGCAGGUCUAUGACCUGGAAGACCACUGGCAAGAAGUGGUCGAAGACCAGGAGUCUUCGUAUCCUGUGUCCGGAGAGACAACAUUCAACAAGAGCUUCACCCUUUCAGCAUGGCACCAUACAGAUGCUGUAUGCGAGACGCCGGCACAGAAAGCUACAAGACAUCUACUCAGGCAAGACUCUAGGCAUGGCCGGCAAGCUUCUUUAACGAAGACGGGAUCAGCUGCUGGUCAAGAAGGGAUGGACUUUACAAGAAGCUUCAAUUGGAAAAUCACGAAGCAGGCAGCUAUGCAUGAUCCGCCCUCUAAGGUACCCAGCUUCCAAGAAACGGCCACAAUAUCGACUAUUCAGACCGCUCGAACACCAGAAAUUCCGCGGCCAAAGACUGCUCCAGCAGGUACCGUGACAUCCAGACCAAGAGGGCUGCGCAAACGUACACGUUCAGAGUCCUCCUCUUUUGGGUCACUAAAAAGUGUUGUACCGGAUUCUCAAGAGAAUCAAGCCUCCAUUGCGCCCGAAGAUUUCGCAUCGUCAACAGUCAACACAAGCAUACCAAGAGGCUUCGCAGCGCAUUUACUAUCUAAGGCAGCAGUGCAGGAGCAACCUGCCAAACGUCCCAAACAGUCUGUUAAACGAUUACCAACUGACCACGAAGGAGAUCUGAGUCAACUCUCAGGGAUACCAAACAUCUCUCAGCAACCGCGUACAGCCAACACAAUGCUUUCAAGUUCGCCGCAGGAUCGCCGUACUUUUAAUGACUUGACGGAAAGAGCGAUGAUCUCGUCGGACUCCGCAACCAUUUGGCCGCCGAAUCCAAGGGGCAAUAUCACCUACGCACCUUCACCAGAGCAGAAGACUUCUCCCAGAAAUCAGCCCUCUGCUUUCUACACCAUCCCACCUCCCUCCUCACAACCAGAAUCACGCGAUGACUGGCUGUUCUCCAGCGCUCCCAUUACCGGCACAACAUCUAGAACCCAGCCAACCGAGCACAACCACCCUUCCCAACCAUUCUCCUCAAUCUGCUCCCUUCCACCCUCAAUCCACGCUCCUCCACCACCCGUCGGCCACGCAAGCUACAUCACGCACCUAACCCCCUCCCUCCGCACACUCGCCACCCGCCUACCGCUGGUAACCUCUUUCCGGCCAAAUCUUGUCAAGCGCAACAUCAAUGACUUGGAGAGAGGGUACUGGUUUCUCCGUAUCCCCAUCGUACGCACCCCGCCUCUUCAGCCAGAGACCGAGUCCUUAGAUCCGAGUAGAGCCGGCGACAGCAGCAAAGAUAGAGGCAGAGGCAGAGGCAAAGGUAAAGCUAGAAUUAGAGGGCAACCCUGGACCGCAUCCUCAUUCCUCAGUUUCUGGACCACCCUCGCACAGUUCGUGCAGAGCGGUCAGGCCGGGUGGGGCGUCAGUGUCUACCGUGAGGAUCCUCAGCCCGCUCUACCGAAGCCAAGCACCGGCCGAGCGAUGAGCGAGCUAGAAACAAAAGAAGCGGAUCCAAGAGAGGCAGAGGAGACAGGGAAGACGGCAGUGGUACUGAAGGUGACCUGCUGGGGCGAAAUCUUGCCGCAUAUCUACCUGCUGCUCUGGGUGCUGAGUGAUAAGCGUACUGAGGGGGUGAAGAUGGAGUGGAGGGAUGCCGCGGAGGAGGCUGUGGUCAGGAUGGGUUCAGAUCAGGGGAGGAGGAGUUGCUGCUAG